AUGGAAGGAACAUGCGAUCGACGAAGUCUGGAGUCACCAGCAACAUCUCCAGACUCCAACCUUGUUACGAGCUACAGCCUUCCUGAGCACUCCAACCUUUUCGAUGACUCCAACCUUUUUGACGACUCCAGUCUCCUUGAUCACUCCAGUCUCCUUGAUCACUCCAGUCUCCUUGAUAUCUCCAGCGUCAACUCCGGGUACGAGCUGUCCGAAAACGAUUGGAAGCGGUUCAUUGAGUUGGCACCGUCGUCGGGAUGGGGUCACAAUAAGCCCGCACAAGAAGCCCGUGUCGAUGUUCAAGACAGUGAGGAGAGUGUCGAGCAAGAAAAUUUAUCGGACCAUGAGAGUAACCACAUCAAGACCACUCAAAACAACGCAGCCCAUCAUUCGAGCGAGGUUGAGGAUUCGAGCAGCACCGAAGAUAUCAAUCAUGACAGUGAAUUCGACGAGCCGACAGCACUACACGCCCAACGUCAAGAACCAGUUAACAAUGGUGACAACCGGGGCUUUGGCAUGACGAUGGAUCAGUGUAUGAACCUCUAUCGAGCUUUGAUAGACGGAACUCCACGCGGUCCGGAGGGUAGAGAAGAGCGCUUGGAGCUGCAAAAGGAAAGAGAAGGCAAUUACGACAAAUCAAUUUCCAAUGACUUGAAGAAGCCACAAGCAUCCGGACCACAAAAGACAAAACGAUCAAGUGAUCACGAUGUCAACCAAUAUGUUCCCGCAGCGAAGAAGAAGAAAGCUGCAGCCACAGCAACAGGGCAGGCCGUUUCUGGCAGUAGCCAACCUGGCAUUCCCAUGUACCUUCUCAUGAAGAAGAAACACGGAAACAAAGGCCAAGCUUCUGCUUCACCUUCGCCAGAGGAAGUAGGUCAUUUGGAUGGCCCAUCUUCAAUGGACAAUGAGUGGACUGCUCUACCUUCAUCAUCCCAUCCACCGGCAAGAAAGUCCAGUGUCAACUCCCGAACUCUUUCGAUGACUUCCCCAGAGAUGAGCGACGCGCCCUUCAAUCAACAAAGUGGCAUGUCCUCAUCCCCAACUUCUUCAUAUGCAGCCGACGAAGACCAUGAAUCGUACGAAGAGGAUGAAGAGGACGACAGUGAUGAUGAUUGGAAGGACACAAGUAGCAAGAGGAAGAGAUCUGGCACCAAGCUACCUACAUCAACCUCGACCGCCAAGAAGGCUACUUCCCACGGAGCUUCAAGCAAAAAGAACAGUGCGUGGACUCAGGAAGAGUUCCAGGCUCUCUGGCGUCUUCUUGCGGCUCGGAGGGCACUUGAGGCGAGUGACGAAAGCAUGGAUGUCCUUAAAGAUGAGAGACUUAUGGACCACAUGUCUAAACAACUUGCAGAUGAAGGCAUCAUUCGAAGCAAGGGUGCAUGCAAAAACUUCUGGAAUCGAUAUGGACGGGAGUGGUCCAAAUUUGAGGAGCGGGUUGGCAACAUUAUCAACAAAAGCUUGACGACUUCUGUCCAAAAUAAGCGAAAGUGA